UAGAAAAAAGUCAAACCCCCUGUCUCUCUCUACAUACAGCUAUUGCUAUAUACUUUUAGAGAGAGAAAGACAUAUAUUGACAGCCACUUUGGUGAGAGGAGAGAGAGAGAGAGAGAGAGAGAGAGAGAGAGAGAUGUAUGGGGUACACCCGCCAAACAAUUCCGAUGAUGCCACCGGCGCCGGUGGAACAUCGGAGGUGAUCCGUCUGUACCAAACAUGGAAAGGCAGUAACGUAUUUAUCCUCGGUGGGCGAUUUGCAUUCGGGCCAGACGUGCGAUCAGUCUUCCUAUCGAUAUUCCUCAUAGUUGCUCCAGUUGCUGUUUUCUGCGUAUUUGUUGCCAGAAAAUUGCUUGAUGAGUUGAACAAUCAUCUUGGAAUAUUGGUUAUGGCCGUAGCAAUUGUAUAUACCGUUUAUGUUAUAAUGUUGCUUCUAGUCACCUCUGCAAGAGAUCCAGGAAUAAUACCUCGCAAUACACACCCUCCAGAACCCGAAGUUAGCGAUCAGAGCAUAGAAGUUGGGUCUGGCCAAACUCCGCCUUUUCGUUUACCUCGCAUUAAAGAAGUGAUUGUCAACGGGAUGACUGUGAAAGUCAAAUAUUGUGAUACUUGUAUGCUAUAUAGACCACCACGUUGUUCUCAUUGUUCGAUAUGUGAUAACUGUGUGGAAAGAUUCGAUCAUCACUGCCCAUGGGUUGGCCAGUGCAUUGGAUUGCGCAAUUACCGAUUCUUUUUCAUGUUCGUCUCCUCAGCAACUCUGCUUUGCAUUUAUGUGUUUGCAUUUUGCUGGGUGUAUGUCAUUAAGAUCAAGAACAGUGAGGAGAAAUCAAUAUGGGGAGCAUUAAUCAAGACCCCUGCCUCGAUUGUGCUGAUAAUUUAUACCUUCAUAUGUGUUUGGUUUGUUGGCGGUCUUACGGUCUUCCAUCUUUAUCUCAUCAGCACAAACCAGUCUACAUAUGAGAACUUCCGAUACCGGUAUGAUCGCACGGAAAACCCAUACAACAGAGGAGUUUUUGAAAAUUUCAAGCAAGUAUUUUGGCAUAGCAUUCCUCCUUCCAAGAAUAAUUUUAGGGCUGUGGUGCAGAGAGAACCAGAAAUCUUAUCACGUGCUCCAGGGGGUAGUUAUGUACAUUCAAAUGUAAUGAAAACUCCAAGUGACAUUGAGAUGGAUAAUAGGAAGCCUGCAGGUAAUAACGGGUCAGGACGAGUUGAUCAAUAUGAUCAGACAUCCCAUGCUGAAGGCCGUACUGACCGGCGGUCCAGCUGGGGACGGAGAAGUGGGAGCUGGGAGAUCCCAAGUGACAUUGCUUCACUUGCAUCUGGUCUUGGAGACUCGAACAGGACAAUUGGUGUAAGUAGUGGCAGCUUGGGUGGAAGCAGGGGAGCUCAAUUGACCGGUCAACAUAGACAAUGACUAGUUAACUCCUAUUGCAUCAGCAGAGGUUAUGUUUCAUAGUUGUGAUUUAUGUUACCCUUCUUUUUGUGCCGAAAAGGGUUUUCUUUGUUAUUUCAGUUGUGUAUAGACUGGGGAAUAUAAGCAACCCCUUAUGCCUUACAAUAUAUGUGUGGCAUCUGUAUCUUGAGAUUCUAGAACUAUAGAUAUCAAUGUACAUAGUUUUGUGUUC